AUGUGUUGUAACAAAGGAAAGCAUGUUCUCCCCCAAAUUGAGCCAACACCUACAGGAAUUGCUGAGCUUUUGAACUGUAGAACACGUGAUGGAAAGAAGUUUCUUGAAAACAUUCGAAGCUAUAAUAGUACAAUGAGCUUUACUUCUUUGGGAGCUAAAAUUGAUACCUCUGUUGGCAACAAUAUCAAUGGGGCAUACAACUUCCGGAUUCACGGAACAAUUUGUCAUAGAAUUGGAUCUAUUUUGCCAGUGACAGAAUCUGAUAUUGCUCACCCAAAAUUCGCUCAGAUCUAUAUUUAUGAUAGUGCUGCUCAGAUAGAUCAAAGACAGUACCAUUCCCCACAAUUGGAGAGAAGUGUUUUGGAGAAGAUUCAGUCCAUUCUUAUGGAAACAAAUCCAUUUGUACAUCUCUUCAGAACCAUGGAUCAAAUUUCUCGGGUGUUGUGA